UAGGUGAGGUACCAAAUAUUCCCUAAAACACGAACAUACCUCUAGGUAUCAACAAAAUAAGGAGGCCAAACAUACCUACCUAGGAACAUAUUAUCAGAUAUGGUCGACUACGAAGUGAGCACUGCCAACAGCGUUGGUAGCCAUGUCAGUCAACUCCUAAGGACGAUUGGAAACUGGAGCAGACCAAGCGGCCAUGGCCUCUACAUGUUCCGUUCCAUGUUUGUAGCAUCCUCUGCAGCAGCUCUAGUAGGUCUAGCUGCUGCCGCCGCAACCGGUAUAUUCACCGGCAGCGGGAGCAUCGGCUUCCUGCUGGGAUCUUGUGCGGGAUUCGUCGGGGGCUCGUUGCAUUAUUACCGCAUGUGUCUGGCACAAGCGCUCUCCUCGCUCGACGAGCACCCGAGCCUUAUGCAGCUGCACCUAGCUUAUAACUUUCCAUGGUUAGGAUAUCAGCACCUACGACGUAGCCAGCUUCGGUCUAAGGAGUGGGCUAGGACUUCCUUCGCCCGCCAGGGUAACCUGAUUGCGGCGUGGCUGAGUGCGUCCGAUGCUCUGGACGAGAUUCACGAUCGAAAGACGGCUUUGAUUCUGGAGGCCAUUAUCCGCCAGGAGACGGCGAAGGGUUCGAUUGAAGAUAAGGAGGAAUGAGAGAUACAUACAUACCUACCUAACCUAGGUAUGUAUGCUAAGUUGCGGAAAAUAAAGAUAAGGGACUUACCGCUCGUUGCAACAUAUUUCCCCAGUUGUCAACAAUCACAUCUUGUGACUGGU